GCGCAGUGGCCGCGUCACCAUGGAGUCGCGGGCGGCUGAGGGCCGCGGCGGGCGCGCGGGAAGGGCCUUGUCAGAGCCUAGCAGGAGCUCCCUGGUAGAGGCCGCAUCCAGACCUAAGGGGAGGAAGGAAGAAGAGGUGCAGAGGCCGGGCGCAGCACGUUGCCGAAGCACACCUGAGUGUGCAGGGGUCUCCAAGCAGGACAUCCGGGAACGGAUCUGGGACUACAUGGAGUCCCAGAAUUUAGCUGACUUUCCCCGGCCUGUCCAUCACAGGAUCCCCAACUUCAAGGGUGCUUCUCGAGCCGCAGAGCACUUCCCGCACCUGCCGCCUUUCAGAACCGCCAGGACCAUUAAAGUGAACCCUGAUGCCCCUCAGAAAAGCAUUCGCUUCCUCGUCCUCCAUAGCGGAAAAACAUUGCUGGUCCCUACGCCACGACUGAGGACGGGAUUGUUUAAUAAGAUCACACCACCUCCUGGGACCACUACAGCCGUGCUGAGGAAAUGUGCCACCUCUCAGGGUGUGCGGGACUUCAGCGUCCCCAUCGGCUUAGACUCCAGCGUCCGCGUGGACCUCCUUGUGGUGGGCUCUGUGGCCGUCUCCGAGAAAGGCUGGAGGAUUGGGAAGGGCGAAGGCUAUGCCGAUCUUGAGUACGCCAUGAUGGUGUCGAUGGGUGCCGUGUGCGAGGACACGCCGGUGGUCACUGUGGUCCACGACUGCCAGGUCACAGACAUCCCCGAGUCCCUGCUUGAGGACCACGACCUCUCCGUGGAUUACAUCCUCACCCCCACCCGGGUCAUCGCCACGGGCUGUGUGCGCCCGAAGCCAGGGGGAAUCACCUGGUCCAAGAUCACCAGUGAGAUGCUGGGGAAAAUCCCAGUACUUAGAAGCCUCCGGGACCGAGAGAGGCGCGCGGGGAAGGAAGUCUCCAUUCGGGCUGAGGCCCAGCCCCUGCCGGGACCCCGCAGCAAGCACCCGGCCCCGCGGAGCAGUGCUGGAAGACCCCACGAUGUGCCGCAGCCGGGCACAGGUGCUCUGGGAGCGGCCUGCGGCCCCCCGCGGGAGGAGGACAGCCCCCCGGCUGCCACCGUGUGCGUGGGGAACCUGCCUCCCGGCGCCCGCGUGAGGGACCUGAAGCAGGCGCUGCGGGAGCUCGGGGCGGCGCCCCAGCGGCUGGUCUGGCAGGGUGAGCAGCGCAGGGCCCUGCUGCAGUACCCGCAUGCAGCCGCCGCCCAGCGGGCCGCCGCCGCCCUGCAGGGCCUGCGCCUGGGCUCCUGCGCCCUGACUGUGUCGCCGGCCGGCCCACACGGGCCCACAGGGCCCGGAGAGCGGCCCGGGAGCUAGAGCGGAGCCACGCUCACCGCAGCCCGCACGCCUCGGGAGCUUGAGGGACGCCCGCCGCGCGCGGGCGUGCGAGUCCCCAUCUCUGUUCUGGGCUCCUGGGGCCUGAGCCCGCGUGCCAGCAGCACCCUGGGCACAGCGCACAGGCCAACGUUGAGGGCGUGGAGUGACAGAGGACGGCAGGAGCAGAGAAGAGCCUGGGGCGUGGGGACCCGGUGCUGGCGGGACCGCCCCCUGGGACGCCUCUGGAGAGAGGCAGGGCAGCCCGCAGACACGAUGCUCAGGAGCUCGUCGCUUUUAUACUUGUGGAAAACGGUACAAGAAAAACCGAAGAUCCCGUGCCUGAA